AUGGCGAUGGAGAUGGACAUGGAGGAGGAGGAGGAGGAGGAGGAGGAGGAGGAGGAGGAGGAGGAGGAGGAGAUCAUGGCUGAGAUGAAUCAAAUAACCAGGAAGAUGAAUCAGAUGACAACAGAAAGGGAGCAAUGGUUCAUUCUGUCGCAAGCAGAGCCAACCGAGGUCAAUGGCGGGAGGUUCUACCCGCGCCACACGAUUUCUAUCAGGAAUGCUGCAAAGUCGGUGAUAUGGGCAGCUGUGUGCGACGAGAAGGCAGCGAGGCUACUGAGAGAGCUCGGAACAAGUCUGAUCAGGAGUGGAGAGAGGGCUGGCGCCUGUUGGGACGUCAAAUCGGUCCCCUGUAACGUGCAAAGGAUUGAACCAUGGCAGGAGAGUGUGUUCGAGGGGAUGGUAGGGGAGAAGGCAUACCUGUGGAUCUCAGAGGAUGCAACUUUCAAGAUUGGACCCUCGACACCCUUCGCAAAUGUUUGUAUCAGGUCGGGUUGCAGCAAACGGGUCUUUAGGACCAGGUUCGAGUAG